AGCCAAGAACACAGUACCAAAUAUGGACAUUGUUGUUAAUGAAGCAGACGAAAAGGAAAAGAAAUGGUGGUUAGGAAAAGGUUCUUUAGGUUCUCUGGGCAUUGAUGAGGAAAGCUAUAUGUUUUUGUACGCAAUCCGUAAUGCAACAAAUCAAAAUAGUGUUUUCAAUUGGGGAUCGAUAAGUUUAUAUACUAAUCUCUCAACAAAUAAAUAUGAAGAGCCAGACGCAUGUUUUAUACCUAUACGUCUGCUGGAAGCAUCGAACGCAGUAUUAAAUCCUUGUGAUCGAAAUGGAAGCCCAUGGCCAACUAUCAUCCUUGAGGUUGCUUCCUCAGAAACUCUCCAACAUGCAAGAGAUAAGAUCAAUGACAAUUGGCUAGUCCAUGAUCGCUGUGAAGAUGUGAUUGUUAUCAAAAUAGGUAAUUGGGAAGGAAGACGUAGUAAUAAAACGACCCAACGCCCUUUGCGUCGAUUGCGGUGCCUAAAAUUCUGUCGGACUGCAACUCUUCAGCAAAAUCCAAACGCUACAACAUUCGAAGCAAUUGAAGAGAUUGAGUUUGGGUCCACGUAUGCUAAUGGCGGUGAAAGUUAUUUUUGCACUGGACCUCAUAUGAAAUGGCUUACAAUUAAUUGUAAUUGUAUUUAUGCUGGUUGUCCUCAACCUCCUCCUCUUCCUUCAUUUCACACAUUUAUCUCUUCGCGACCUUUCAGUUCCCCUCGAUUUCCCUACCCUCUACAAGCACCGGGAGUUGCAAUGGACUUAUAUGAUCUUCAACAAGCGAUUUUUUCAGCUAUGGGUCAUAAUUGA